ACUAUUGGGCAAUGUAUUGGAGAACUUGAGCCAAAAUAGGCCCAUAUUAUAAGAUUGGUCUCACAAAACGACAUCGUGUAGUAGAAACGGCAACGUGCAGCUUGAUGGUCUUCAGGCUGUUGACUGUUAAUCGGUAAACCGAGGCUGAUUGUGCGACGGUCGCGACGGUGACGGCAAAUCCAUUUUCAUCUGGGAAAGCAGCUACAGAAGACAUGUCGAGGUUUCGAUCGUUGUUGCAAGCCUCAGUAAAUGCCACAAAGAAGGCUCUUACAUGGAACGUUGAAGAAUGGGUACCACCUGCAGAGAAGCAUAUAUUUAAGUUCAACUCGAAAGAAGACUUAAAGAAAUGGCAUCUCUAUUCCGAUUCUGAAUAUGGAGGAUUAUCUUCGGCUUCCUUGGAAAUCCCAGAUAAAGGAGAUGGAUCAGAUUGCACUGGAAUUUUCUCGGGGAACCUAUCUUUGGACCUCAGCGAAGGAUCAAAAUGGAACAUCAGUCGAAGUGGUUUCUGUGGAAUGCGCUCAAAGAAGUUUGAUGGCUUCAUUGAUCUCGAUGGGUAUGAUGCAAUAGCCCUGAGGCUCAGAGGAGAUGGAAGAUGUUAUAUCUCUACAAUCUAUACCGAAAACUGGGUGAAUUCACCGGGACAGUCAGAAGAUAACUCGUGGCAAGCUUUUGUUUUUGCUCCAAAGGACAGUUGGUAUACUGCUAAGAUUCCUCUAGCUAGAUACUUGCCAACAUGGAGAGGAAAUGUUAUAGAUGUGGAAAUGGAGAUGAAUCCAGGUCGUGUUCUGGGUAUGUCACUGUCGGUAAAUGCAGAAGGUGGUGCGGUUGGAGCUAAAUCAGGAGCAGGUGAUUUCCGAGUAGAAAUUGACUGGAUCAAAGCCUUGAGAUUGCCAUAAAUGUUGAACAAUAUAGCAAUGUAUGAUGUUUUUUUUUGUUGUUCUUGGUUUUAGCUUGUAAAAACCAGGCCUGAGUUGAUGAUACUUGAUGGCCAAAAGAUUGUUGCAUUGUCUUGCGGCAAAGUUGGUUUUCAUAUUGAGCCAUGUUUUUACCAUGUGAUAAAAUAAAAAAAAUCAACAUAAUCAAAAGGUAUUCUUAA